UAGGUUAUGGUAACUUUGACGUAUGUCACUGUUUAGUCAGUAGAAUUUUAAAAUCCACCUAGAAUUGUGGGACAGUUCUCUCGUUUUAAGCAUUUUUGAUAAAAAAUAUGCAGGAUUCUUUAGAAGAUUAUAUAAAACUAUCAAAAAAUGCCAGAACCGAGGAUUCAAUUAAAAUUAGUAAAGACAUUCAUUUGACGGCCAAAUUAAAAAAAGAAUGUGAUAAAAGGGCGAUGAAAAUUGUCGAAUUUUUGAUUGAGGGAAAACUGAGGCCAGAAAUAUUUAUCAGAUGUUUAUGUUUCAUUAAUCAAGAACAUUAUCAAGACAUUGUUGAAGAAAGAGCAAUAUCUAAAUUGUGUGGAUAUUCUAUUUGUGGUAAAAGAAUUCCUGACAUGCCAAAACAACAGUAUUAUAUCUCGACCAAAAGCAACAAAAUUUAUGAUAUAACAGAUAGAAAGAAUUAUUGCAGUAACUUUUGUUACAAAGCCAGUUUACAUAUCAAAGCUCAAAUUGAUAAUAGUCCUUUGUGGCUUCGAAAGCCUGAAGAUGUGCCACAAUUUAAAUUACUACAUUCCUCAGAAGGUGGUUUGCCGGGCGAGUACAUCGAUCAGGGAAUAUCGAAGCCUGUGAUUGAACCAACCUUCAGCACGAUUUCAUCCUUCACUGAGGCCUCGCUACAAGAAAUGGUUGAGCGGGAAAUUAAUCCCGCCAAACCAAACAAAAGUCCGAACAGUUUCCGGAAAUGUUCUAAGUUGAAGUCGACGAUGCAAACGAUAAACGAGAACAACGAACAGGCGGAGGAGGAAGUCGAACAGGAGCCGCCGAAGAAGAUUCCGGAGAAGUUGAUUAAAUUGGCUAAGAGCGGCAGCAACAAGGACAUACCCAAGUUACCGGUGAUCGAUGAGAACGAGGAACGGAGUGAGAUUAAAGAGAACAUUGAGACUAAGGAAGAGGCGAGCCCGAAGACGCCUAAAAAAAUCAAGAAAAAGACCAAGUCUGUGAAACACGAGGUCGAAUCGCACAUUCAGAAGUCUCUGUUUGAGUGGCUGACUCUCGAAUCUUACAUAUUUAUCUUCGGUGAAUCGGUCGUUAAAAAUAUACUUAGCGAGAAAAAAUUAAGUAGUUUAUUCGACAAUUUACACAUUGAAGAAAUGGACCAAAGUCAACAAAUCAAGUACAUGAACAUUUGUAGGAGAUUACACAUGCAAGAAAUGGCGGACGAGAAAUUUGAUAACGCCGUUAUUGGACAGACCAAAUUAAAACCUUUACCUGAUUAUAAACAGCUCAAGGAAGACAAUAAAGAUCUUGAUUUGAAAGUUAAAGCAUUUUACGGAGGAACACUUUACGAAAAGGAGGAUCCAAACUUUAAAAGUAACAAAAAAGAAGAAGAGGAAGAGGAGGGUCCACCUGCAGUUCUUCCACUGGUUGAUGUGAACUCCCAGAACGCGUUAAGAAAGAAGAUUUUCUUAGGUUCCAUUAAUAAAGCGAUGCAAGUCCUUCUUCAAGCAUUGCGAGUGAGCUCGUACAGCGCAGUCUUAUCUGAUCUCCAAACUUUGGUGAAAACUUUUAAGUUCAAGCCCAACAAUAUAGUCUUCAAGCCAGUUUUAUGGAAUUAUAUUUCAGUUUUGUUAUUGAAUAUCCUUUCCAUUAGAGAUUCGGAGCUGGCGAAAAUAUUGGAAGACAGACAUUCUAAAGAACAUUUUGAACUUAUUUUAAGUUCUUUACCCAGUAAGACUAAGUUUUUAAGUGAUACUAUGACCACUGUUAAAAAUAUCGACUUAUUUAUUGAAAACUUUAUUACUUCUAAGGACCUGUGAUUUAUGUAUGUGUUAAAUGAAUAAAUACCUUAAAGAAACAA